UAUUGGCAGCACUCAAGUUAGCCAAAAUGCGUAAAAACGAAACUCGUGUGACAUUGUGCCAGUCGAGACGUUAGUGGGUGCUAUUUUAACUCGAUUUGAGUCUUUUCGUGAAAUAGAAACCGCUGAAAGCCGAUUUUUUCACAAUUAAAGGUAACUUCACCCACAACUGUCACUCUCCAGCGCCAACUUCGGGUCUAUGCGUCGUCGCCAUUUUGAAACUUGAGAUCACAAGCCUGUUAUUUACACUCGAAAAUCGCAAAAAUUGUUGUUAUUUGGGCGAAGAACGAUGAAUUCCCUCGUUAAUUAUGGAAGCGACGACGACUACGACGACUCCUCUGAAGAAAAACAAACGUAGUACGAUCAUCAUCGACCUUGCUUAACAGGACUGGCGUGGGACUUCCGCCAAGGACAAGCAGGGCUCCUCGGGCCGCCAGACCGACACCAACUACGAAGAAGUGCAAAUGGACCUGAGCGAGGGCUCGAACGACUCCAAACCCGACACAAAAGAGCCCGCGCACCGAUCCCGCGACUCCAGGGACCGGCGCGAGCGCAGCUCGAGGGACCGCACCGACGACUACCGAGGCCGCUACGAGAGGGACCGACGCGGUAGCCGCGACAAGGACGGCAAAUACAACCACAGCCGGCGCGACAGGGACAAGGAGCGCGACCGGCGGUCGCGCGAGCGCCGGAGGAGCCGCUCGCCGAGGCGGCCCGAGCGCGAGUCGAGGCACUCACGCUCGCGCUCGAGAUCGCGCGACAGGGCCCGGAAGUACGCGAAGCGGUACGACCGCGGCGCCAAGGGCGAGUCGGCGGAGAAGAACGAUCGGCAGAAGGCGGCCGACGAGGAGAAGCGGACCAACACGAGCGAGAACGAUCGCUUUUUCAUGCCGGGGAUCACCGGCAGGUUUCGGGAUCAGAUCGAGAGGAGGAAGCAGCUGUGGCAGAAGAAGGACGUGGACGUGAAGGACACUAAGAACGGGCAGAGCAAGAAGGUCUGGGAGACGACGACGUUCGCGCAGGAUACGGACGGCAAAGUUGCCAGUAAGUUUAAAAGGUUGAUGGGGAUCAGAGGCAACACGGAGGCCAGCGGUCAAGGGGUCGACGUCCUCCGGAAACAAGAAGAGAUGUUCAGUUCGAUGGAGCAGCAGUACGAAGUUGCCCGAACGGCGACGCACACGAUGCGGGGAGUAGGCCUAGGCUUCGGGAGUUUUCAGCGAUAAUUUGUUGUCGUUUAAGAAAUGUGAUUUGUUUUUUUAGUUAUAAUUUACUUUUAAGUUCGUCUUGUGUGUAGUUAGGCCACAAAAUUGUUAAAUUCACUUUAUAAUAAAACACGAUUUUCGUUUAA